AUGGAGAAGUCUUUGUGCAUGUUGUUGGCCGCCGUGAGCUUUCUGGGAGGACUGUCAGCGCUGACAGAAGAUGCAACAAAUGGGAGUUUUGAUUUAUUCCUCAACAGCACAACAAGUACAGCUGCGACUGUCACUGCGGAGCUGCAGGAGAACAGCACACAGCCAAUGACCACCACCACCACCACUGCUCGGACGACCUUAAAACCCCCCACCGCUGCUAUCCCCUCUGUUACAGACAAACAGAAAGACGCUAAAAGCACCAACGAGGACAGCCAAGAAGAAAACAACAAAGACAAAGAAGAAAGGAGACAACAAGACAGAAGAGAAGAAAAACACACUGGGUAGGACAAGAAAUGUUUUAUAGUUCACAAAGUAGGCCAUGUUCUACAUUUUACCUACAGCUGUGUUGAAACCAAGGGGGAUUUUAAGCUCAUUAAACUGAAUUAUGAACGUUAAUUAAGAGAGCUGUAAAGUGCAAUUAAUGAAUGAUGCCUUCAGGGACACUCAGAAGUCUUGGCUUUGGUAAUAAAAAAGCAUGUAGAUAUAAAGCUACUGUGAGGAGUUUAUAGUUUGUAAUUAAACAGACUGAAAUGAACCCCCACGUCGCUAUUUAUGGGCUACUAAAGCAAAUGAAGCUUUUUGAAGGUUUUUUUUGUAAACAACCUACUUCAAAUACCAAAGACUGAAUGUUAGUCAAAAAUACCAAAAGAGGGCUUUGUUUUUAAACCAGAAAAUACUACCUAUAUAUAUACACAGGACAAUCAACAGACAUGUAUUGUUCCAUUUUGUCCACAAGGGGCGCCAAAUGGACACAAACCAAAAGUUUCUCACAGGAGCUUUAAAUGUUAAUUUAUAUUUCGACCACAUUAACCCAAUAGGAAGGAGAUUUUUUCGUCUUGAUAUACAAUCAAAAAAUUGGGAUUAUCUUGUAUUCACAGUUUAGCUGUCAAAUACUAAUAUCGGUUAUAUUAGCGAGGGAGAUAGGAUAGGGGAAGACAGAUUGAGGAUCUGUCAGAAAAAGGGAGUGAAUAAAAAAUUUGUUGCAUGUCUAAUUGGGGCUUCUGUUUAUUUUAAGAUCCAGGAACCAAUAAUUGUACUCAGGCCUUAAAUAAUAAAAUGUUAGUCACACAUUUGAGCUCGCCAACUGAAUCCUGGAAAAUGUGUGGUCUGUGUUUAAUUUAACGUUGGACCGGCUACAGAACUUACAACCUUAGACUCAUGUGGAAACCAUAUUUAUGUCUGCAAGAUGGCUGAUGAUUAGUUUGUUAGAAAAAUAGUGAGAAGUGGACAUCAAAAUCUUUGACUUGCUUGGGUUGGUGACUUUCUUUCAAAACUAUCUGCAGAUUGACUCCAGAGCUCCACAUAUGUUGAAGUGAUUUGCCCCAAGGUUGCUCGACCCAGGCGGGUUUAUUUUGCUUCUUUCCAAUUUGACUCUUUUCAACAUCCUCUCACCUACUGAGAACAAACAAAGCCGUUUUUCUCGGCCACUUCAGCUCAUGUUUGUGAUUAAUGGGUUUGUUUUUGCUUGUUCCCAAACCCAUAAAAUCCACUCCAGCUGUAGCUCUUUGACUUCCUGCUCUGCUUGACGUUUGACUUUUCUCUCUCUCUCUCUCGGCCCUCCGCUCUGUCUCAGAUUACGUUCAGACCCUCCUUUAGCAUCACUAAUCGGCACUUUUCCUCCAGAGAGGGCCUCCAAACUUCCACUGGACUGACCUCAGAUGAUCAGAGAAAUAUUCCACAUAGGAAGCGCUGAGGCAUCUUGUUACAUCAGCCGAGUGUUUGCUUACUCAGUGAAUCCAGCAGAAGAGAUUUAACCCUUCAGCAUCAGUCUGUUUUCUUUCAGACAUGCACAGACAAAGACGAUCUUAUCUCAUGGUUGUGCUUCUUCCCUGCAGACUGUCCUCCUCUUGGCCUGGAGUCUCUGCGGGUUGAUGACAGCCAGAUUCAGGCGUCUUCAUACCAACGGGAAGGUCUGGGUCCUCACAGGGGGAGGCUGAAUAUCCAGGUCAGUGCAGAUCUGGUAUAAAACAAAGCACAGUGAACUGCUCUUUAUAGAAAUCUUAACAGACAAUACAACACAAUUUCUAUUCAAACAGCUGUUACGCAGAUGAUACUCAAUUGUACCCAUUCGCUAAAGCAGAUGAAUCCAAUCAGUUAGCUUGUUCUGUUCAAGGUUUCUACUUAUUAAAAUAAAGUUUGACACCCUGUCCUCUUUUUCGCUGGCUCAUAAAACCUAAAAAAAAACUUCUGCUGUCGUCUGAAAGUAAUUAUAAAACAAUCAGAGUCAUUACAGGAAACUUAUGCAAUACUAAACACACAAGCAGCGCCAGGAGACUUUCUGUGGUUUGAUACAGUAGACCAAAAAAGAAAUCUGUGGAACAUGUGUUUGCAGUCUGGCAUCGAGGACGGGGACUUGUACGAUGGAGCGUGGUGUGCCGAGUAUAAAGACCAGCACCAGUGGCUGGAAGUAGACGCCAUCUACCAGACCCUGUUCACCGGAGUCAUCCUGCAGGGCCGAAACUCUAUCUGGAGGUCAGGUAGUAUCAGGAUAAGACUAUAUGAGGAUAAGGCUGAAUACGUUCAAAUUAACAUGUCAACACACAGACACUUGUCUUCUAUAUCAUAAGAUUUUUACAGAUUGUUCAGCUUAAGAAUGAUCUCAAUAUUUUAUAUACUGCAAAUUUGGGAGUUCCACAGGGUCCAGUACUGGGUUCAGUUGUAUUCACCAUCUAAAACUUUGUUAAAGUAAUUUACAGUAAUUCGGAAAAUCUUCGUAAAAGUCUAUUGUUAUGCAGAUGAUACUCAGAUACACUUAGCAAAGAACCCAAAUGAAACCAAUGAGUAAACUAACAUAUCUGGUUGAAUUGUAAAAUGAGAUUUCCUUGCCACUGCAUUUCAGUUCUGAUUCUCACCGUUCAAUGCUUUUAGACCUCUUUAGCCAAUUUUACAAAGAGCAUGACGGACAAAGGCAAGACCUGUUCAGGGUCAUAACUUUUAAUGGAGAAAUUCUGUUUUUUUUUUCUGUGCUCCAAAGACAAUACGUCACACUGGCCAGUAAAAGUCAGUUUCAUGUCUUUCUUUGUCUUCAUCACAGUUGGGACUGGGUCCACACCUACAAAGUCCAGCUGAGUAACGACUCUGUGAACUGGGAAACCUGUCAGAACGGGACAGAAGACGCAGUAAGAACCACAUUUUUUGUUUUCUGAUACAGGGAGUUCAUUCUUGUGGUUAGAGGACCUCAAACAGAUGGGAAACAGAUUAGGGAGAGCAUGUGCCAGAAUGAAAUAUGCUCUGUUAACAACAAAAAAAAUUUAACUUAAACUUACAUUGUCUACCAGACAAAACUGAACUUCUUUUUAAAAUAUACUGCGAUGAAAUGUGAUGUUUGAACAUCGCUGUACAAACAAUUUUUUCUUUUGUCCCUCUCAUGAGAUUGGAAAUUUCUCUCGAAGUUCGAUUUCUUUCCAUGGAAAUAAAUGUGAACACAGACUUCUUUGCACUGUUUCCAAUUUUAAGGUGUCACGUCUGCCAAGUAGGUUUUGUUUUCAUUCCUGUUGGAUUGUCUCUCAGUUUCUCAAAGCCUUAAAAUAGAUUUCAGUCAGACUUGGAAACAAGCAGGUACAAAGGCUGAGAAGCAAACGAUUAGUUUUUGGUGCAGAUCCAAGAUACUACUCUUUACAGGAAAACCGCCCAGGCAAACAUAACUUAUGAUUUUUAUUAGAGUGUGUUAAUCCAGAUCUAGACUGAGAUCAACAAGUCUACAGCCAAGCCCUUUCUUUUCGCUGAAAUGAUCAAAACUCCAUAACAACACACUUCAAGCAACACUUGCUUCUCAGAAAAAACUGAGUCAGUUGCUCCUUUUUUGAUCCCUUGGUUGCGACAUGAUUUCCAAGCAUUAAAAAGAUUAUUGGGAAUUGUGGAUUAUCUCACUAUUAAUCAUAAUUAAUUUCAUCUUGUUUAACAACCAGCCAAAACUACUUACUGUGGCUUUAAAGUCUAUACGAUGCUACUUUGUACAGAUCUUUGAAGGAAACCAGAAUCCAGAGACCCCUGUGCUCGGACUCCUUCCUGUUCCCACCGUGGCCCGCUUCAUCCGCAUCAACCCUCAGACCUGGUACUUCAACGGGACCAUCUGCCUUCGAGCGGAGAUACUCGGCUGUCGUGUUCAUGGUAGUGUAGUGUUACUCAUAAUGAUUCACAAUGAACACAGUUAACUCCCAGAGCAAAAUGUUUAAAGUGACUAAUGGGCCACUUAGACCAAAAAGGCUGAAUCAGUCAGAAAAGGAGGUCAAAGUUGAUGUUUCUCCGCAGAUCCUGCAGAUAUCUACACAGAAGAAGAAAGAGGAUCGAAAGACGCUCUGGACUUCAGACACCACAACUAUAAAGAGAUGAGAAAGGUGUGGGCACGAUGGAUGCCUCUUGGCAUCUGAUGCAUGAUGAGUAACUUCAGUUCCAGUAAAACCAACAUCAGGGUUUUUACUCACACUUUUCGCUUUAACCCAUUUAACUCUUAUGCAAUCUGUUGUUACUCUCCCCAAAGCUCAUGAAGUCUGUGACCGAAGAGUGUCCGGACAUCACUCACGUCUACACGAUUGGGAAGAGCUACAUGGGCCUCAAACUGUAUGUCAUGGUGAUCUCGGAUAACCCCAGAAAACAUGAACUAGGUAGGUCUUUCUGGAUAAAACCUUGAAUUGUUCUUGUUUUUCUUGGACUUUGUGGAGUUACACCACUGGAGGCCCGUUUCAACAUCCUCCAGUGUUUAUACAGGCUUUUUUUCACGGCAGGACCGCCACACAGGGAGGCUCGAGUCGGCCUCUUUUUGUGUAAACAAACUGAUAACGUUUGAAAUUGGAGAAAGAAUUAUCCCAACCAAACAAAGCAGAUCUUUCUUCAUGACAUUAUCUCUAAAUGCAGAAUUUUGUGGUCUUUCUACAUUUGAUGAAAAGUUUAAACUCAUUACAGUCAACAAGUUUCAAAUUUGCUUCACUCCCAAGUGGAAUAAAAUGGGGUAUCAGGUUAUUCAAGAGUAAACUGCUGAGUUUGAUUUUUAGUUCUCCUUGUAGUAAAUUAAACACGGCACACCAAUCCCAGAAAAAAAAAGAGAAACUCACAUUGUAUUUGUGGUUUGUGAGAAAUGCAUUUUCCUGCAGAACAGAUUCAGGGUAUUUGGAAAUGAAUCCAUUAUGUUGUUUAUACUCAGGCAAUGUCUGCCGUCGAGUCUGGCCAAUCCAUGUAUGAUUACUGGCAAAGUGCAACUGAACGUUUUAUCAAAAGGAACAAUGUGUUCUUAAGGGGCGUCAUGCUUUGACCCUAAGAUUCCCAACUUAUUCAACACUUGGCGAGUAACCGAUGCUUAAUGCUUGUCUUGGAAGGUGAGCCAGAGUUUCGCUACGUGGCGGGGAUGCACGGGAACGAGGCUCUCGGCCGAGAACUGGUCCUGAACCUCAUGCAGUAUUUGUGCAAAGAAUACAAGAAGGGGAACCAGCGCGUUGUUCGGCUGGUGACAGAGACACGGAUCCACCUCCUGCCCUCCAUGAACCCUGAUGGAUAUGAGGGAGCUUAUGAGAAGGUGAGUAAAAGUCUCUCCAUUGACAGGCAUGUUAUUUCAUGUUGAAUUAUUCAUCUAUCGCAUUUUUCAACGUUGGUUUUGUCUGACUGAUCUGCUGCAGGGCUCAGAACUGGCCGGCUGGGCUGAAGGACGAUACAGCUUUGAAGGAAUUGACCUGAAUCAUAACUUUCCAGACCUGAACAACAUCAUGUGGGACGCCGAAGAGGUCGCAGAGGAUAAGUCUAAAGUUGCCAACCACUACAUCCCAAUCCCAGAGUACUACACUCAAGAGGAUGCCUUUGUGAGUAGACAACGAAUUAUUAAGAUUAUGCAAAAUAGAGUGGAAGAUGUAUUUAGAUCCUAGAUAAUGAGAUAUUUUAACAGUAAAAAGAACUUUGGUUUUCUUGAGCUGAAAAAAAAAUUACAUAAAAAGGUAACAUUUUUAUGGUUAAAUGUAGGUCACACUGGAAAGCCGUUUUUGAGGGUUGCUUGUGAACACAUUGAGGGAUGGAAAGUAAUGUUUCCACUAUGGAGGAAUGCAAGCCCGCAGGAAAUAAGGAAAUAAUUUGGGGGCCAAAAGAACUGGGGUUUUCCCAGAAGACCAAACUUGGUCACAUAAUGUUUCAUAACAGUUAGUCAGUAAAAAUAAACACAUGUUGAAGUUUUGCCUCCAGAUUAAAUAGAAAUCAACAAAUUACUUUCAGAAUGCUCCAGUGAUGAUUGAAGAAGUUUACUGGUAGGGUUUCUCUUACUGGUAAGAAACAGUCUAGUCAUCAAGUAAUAUUAAAAAUAAGUUAGUGAGGGCAAUGGGGUCUGACAAAACAGAGAAAAGAGCACCACCCGCAGGACAAGAUAUGUCACUGAUAAUGAAGGGGAAAAAUUGAUAUUUUCUAAGCGAUCAGUGUCAACAAUGGUGUAUUGUCGAAUUACAGAUAGAGAGCGAAAACUAUCACAAAACUCAGAAUAACGCCAAAGUUUGACCUUAAACCUGAAACAGUUUCUUUUAACCCAAUAAUAAUGAAAUUAAUCAUCCCUUGUUUUAAUGUAAACAUUUUUGAUUAGCUAAUAUAGUCUGUAUAUGUAGAUUAAUUACACUCAUUAAUAGAUAUGGUAGAAAGACCUUUUAUUCCAUCUUAUGUAAAAUAGGAAAGAAGAUUUUAGAGAAAGCAUUUAACUGAAAAAGUCAAUCCAAUGAUUAAUAAUUAUGAUUAUUUAUUGACGAUACAAUUGAAUUUACUGUACCGCACCAUAUCUAUUAUUUCCUGUCCUCUAGUUACAUAUUCUAACUAGGGAUGCUAGAUCGACGAAAUUCAACAUGAUAAUUGAAAAACUUAUUUUGGCUAUAUAUGCGUAUCGUAUCGCAUCGUAUCGUAUCAUCUUACAUCGCAUUGCACCAUAUUGUAUCGUCAUGUAAGGUAACGUGUAACGUUAAUAGUGUAUUGUAUUGAAUGGUAUUGUAUCAUCUCACACUGUCAUGUUAAAUCAUACCAUAGUGUAUUGUAUCAUAUGAUACAGUGUUGUAAUUUAAGUUUUAUAGUAAAUUUAAAUUUUUAAAAACAUUAAAUAUUUUUUAAAACUUGUAUUACAAUGAAAAAAAAAAUUACCGAAGCAGUUUGUGAGAAAAAUGACAAUCAUCUGGGUCUUUCUGAAAUAUCAGAACUCCCAUCACAUAGUCACCUGAUCAAGGUUGCCUUUUGCUCUCAGGUUGCUCCAGAAACUCGUGCCGUCAUCAGCUGGAUGCAGGAUAUCCCUUUCGUCCUCAGUGCAAACCUCCAUGGGGGCGAACUGGUGGUGACGUAUCCCUUCGACUGCACUCGUGACUGGGCUCCACAGGAGGACACACCCACGGCAGACAACGCUUUCUUCCGCUGGCUUGCCACAGUCUAUGCCUCCACCAACCUGGUGAUGGCCAACCCUAACCGCCGCUUGUGUCACUAUGAGGACUUCCAAAAACACAACAACAUCAUCAAUGGAGGAGCCUGGCACACCGUCCCUGGCAGUGAGUCUUAGUCAGGUUCUAGGACAGAGGUUAAGAUUAUAAAUUCUGUGAAGUGCAGUUUUAGAGGGUUUUUGUUUUGUCUUCUGCAGGUAUGAAUGACUUUAGUUACCUGCACACAAACUGCUUCGAGGUGACUGUGGAGUUGUCCUGUGAUAAGUUCCCUCAUGCUAGUCAGCUUCCCAUCGAGUGGGAGAACAACAAGGAGUCUCUGCUGGUCUACAUGGAGCAGGUCAGUAUACAUGAUCAAAAUCUAGUUGUUAAAUGUCUUUUUUUCACAGUUAGUGCCCCAACUAUAUCAUACUCUUUGUGUGAUCUUUCCUCAGGUUCACAGAGGCAUCAAAGGGGUGAUUAGAGACAAGCAGAGCAAACAGGGGAUAGCGGAUGCUGUCAUCAAGGUGGAGGACCAUGACCAUGACAUCCGAUCAGGUCAGACUCAGAAUCUUUAAUCUCUGACAAGACAAACUUUUUAGUUCGAGUUCAACAACCACUUUCCAAACAGAAUCAUAUUUCCAGGACAUUUUAUCUAAAUAUUGGGUCGAGGGAUGACAAAUCCAUGUAAGUUUUGGUCUCCUUUUUCUUUCCUCAGCUGCUGAUGGGGACUACUGGCGGCUCCUAAACCCAGGCGAGUACAAAGUGGUGGUUUGGGCCGAAGGUUAUUUCCCAUCCAUGCGACGGUGCAACGUUGGGAUGGAGCCAAAUCCCACCAUCUGCGACUUCACCCUGACCAAGACGCCCAUUCAGAUGCUGAAGGAGAUCCGCGCUAAAGGGGGAAAGAUCCCCCAGGACCUGCAGCUGCGUCUACGGGCCCUGAGACUCCGAAAACUGCGAGCCAGCACCAAAGCUAUCAAUCGGCGCAGAGAAGGUCAGCGGCUCCAAGGAGGGUCAAACACAAGGCGAGCUCGGUCCUUACGAGCCCGGAGAGCAUGA